CAUCAUAUUUUUCAUGUCAUAUAUAGGUCCAAAAAACAUACCAUUAAAUGAUAAGACAAGAUUUCAUCAUCAACUUAAUUGAUUAAAAUCUUCUUUCUGACUAAGAAAAAAUGGAAAGAGAAGGAGUGGUGGUACGGGGACGAGUAGAGAUCGAUACGAGGCAGCCUUUUGGGUCAGUGAAGGAGGCAGUCAUGUUGUUUGGAGAAAAAUUUUUGGCCAGAGAAAUUUAUGCCAAGCAACUUAAACAGGUGCAAAGCAAGGCAAGUGGUGAACAAAACCAACAAAACCAGUCUAAAAUAGAAUCAUCACCAGUGACAGUUGAGCUUGAAGAGACAAAGCAAAACCUUCAAAAAUCUAAAGAAGAAGGAACAUUCAUGGCACACUGCCUUCAAUCUCUAAAAGAAGAACUAGAACUGACAAAAAGAGAAAUACAACAGUUGAAGACAAGAGAUCUAAAGCAGAAAAAAGUAUCGUUAUCGGAUAAUCCUGAGAUUGAAGAGCUCAAAUUCAUCGAGAAACCAUCGUCCAAAGUUGAAUUGAGAAAACAAUUUCAAGAUUAUGACGAGAUAGAGUUCAAGACGAAUAGGUCUGUUAAAUUUGCUAGUACCCCUUUACUAACAAGAAUCAUUGUCAGCAAGGAUCAUUUAAAGAAAGAAUCAGAGAUUAGUCCUUCGCUACUUAAGAAGAAAAUGAAGAGGAAAAUGAUGCCUUUAAUCCCUUUUAUUAGUGGAUUGUUUUCCAAGAAGAAGGGAAUUCAAGAACACCAAUGUUCAUGAAAGUCAUGUUAAGUUUGAAUUUUGAUGGCCCUUCAGAGUAAGGAUAACGGUAGAGGUCUCAAGAGAGGAUUUUUACCAUUGAAUAAUUGGCUGUUACUCAAAUAAGUUCUGUUUACUAGGGAAUGUUUGUUGGUUUAUUAAUCCAGAGAGUGCAUGCAAAUUAGUUCGACAUUCUUUAGAUAUGCAAAAUACUACAGAUGGAAGAUGUAUAUAUGUGAAUGAGAAGAUUAUGAGCAUAUUCUUGUUCAUUUGUUUCGUAUUAGAUUCACUCUGGCAUAGUACAUGAAUAAACUAUCACUUUCAGAUA